UAAUUUUAUGGGCUACGCGAAUUUCUUCUGCACUCCAUUUCCCAUUGUGCAUAGAUUAAAUGCAAAUAAAUAGUCAAACAUGUUUUGGGGAGGAAGUGAGAACGCAGCAUGUGAGACUGAACUGAUCCCAAAACACUCUGAGAUCCUUCUCCUCGCGGGUUCGUCUUGCAGGUAUUUAAAAACAGGAACAUAAAGUGCUUGUGACAUGGCUGGAGAGUGUUCUAAAGAGGUGCAUGAGAUAUCAAGGGAAGAGAACACAGAUCGAAACAGAAAACGUUUUCAAUAACUGUGUGUGCUUACAAUUUAAGGUAUUUAUUUGCAGUAAGGCAAACUGGAAGAGCUGUUUUCUGUUGCACGUGGGCAAAACUGGUGUCACAGUCACCCGAGGGCGAACAACCGGCGCUGGCUUACUGAGAAAAAAACAAGGCGAGUGGAUUUAAAGAAAUUCUGCUCUUUCUCUCAGAAAGCCAGAAAAUGCUCGUGUCCGCAUGUGCGUUUGUGCACGCUCAAGCGCGUGCCCCCGUGCAGCAGCCAGCCCGCGGCAGUUUGCUUCCCGCCACGGGCAGCGGACCUCCUCCUUCCUCCGCGAGAGGACCCCGGGCUGCGCCUGGAAUGCUCUUGAUCCGCGGCAUUAGUCAGCAGCCUUUCCCCAUUGAAGGCCAGCUCUUUCCCAGCUUCUGACGCGUAAUUCUGAUCCCAGGCUUUCACGUAGCGCGCACUCCCCACCUGCUCAUCUGGGAGAAGGUCAUUAUCCCCAGGCUAUUCACCGGCAACGGAGCGUGCAAGAAUAGAUGCUUCUCCCAUUGUGCUGCCUAUCUCCCGGAUUGGCCGGGGACUGUGGGAAACUCCACCGAGCCGGAGACCCACAGACUCUCAGCGAGGUUGCACGGUAUAAAUAUCGGGCAGGGGCGGCUUCCAGCCACACGUUUCUCCCGGACUUGCCCGCUGAGACCCCCCUGCCUUCUCAGCACGGAUGGCUCCCAGCGCUGUUUGCAUGGAGCCCGACAACCUGCUGACACCAAAGGAGAAAAACAAACUGAGGAAGCCGGUGGUGGAGAAAAUGCGCCGUGACCGGAUUAACAGCAGCAUUGAGCAGCUGAAACUGCUCCUGGAGAAGGAGUUUCAGAGACACCAGCCCAACUCCAAGCUGGAGAAAGCCGACAUCCUGGAGAUGACCGUCAGCUACCUGAAGCAGCAGAGCCAGCUGCAGAUGAAAGCUCCAGGAUCCUUCCAUAAAAGCUCUCACUUUGACUUCAGAGAGGGCUAUUCUCGGUGUUUGCAAGAAGCUUUCCAUUUCCUCUCCCUCCACAAAGUCCGAACUGAAACGCAGACCAAACUUUUAAGCCACUUCCAGAAGAGCCAGUCGGCGGCUGCGGAGGUCGCCUUUUCCCCUGGGAACCCCAGCCCCCUGAAGCCAGCGUCUCCGAAAGAUGCCAGCGCUCUCUGGAGGCCCUGGUAGCCAGGGGAGUCCGUACCUCACCGCCCUUCGCCGUGCAGAGUCCAGAGGAGGGAUCCGACUGCAUCCGAUAGUCCAGCUCCGAUCCUCUCUUCUGUAGGGAAUUUUAUUUCCCCGUGUACUCUGUUUAUGUGCAAAAAGAACGGCAUGCUUUUGACUUUUACGGGAUCCUUUGGCGAAAGGUCGGGCAUUCUGCUGAGCGGUAUCGAAGCUGUGUAGACGCUGGUGGUCACAGUACACAGCACGCUGCCCGGUCCGGGGGCGAGUGUCUUCAAAAUGAAGGAGGGUAUUUUUGUAACUGUUACAGUUGUGACGGACAAGAAUUGCUGUAGGAGAGAUUUCUCUAAUCGCUGUAAGAGCCAUCGGCUUUGCUCUGGCUUGACUAGUGACGCUUGUUUGCUCAGUCAGCCUGGAGGAUAAAUUUACUGCCCUUUGGUUCAUGCACACUUGAUUAAAAUGCGUUCCCCUCUGUUUGCUUAUAAACUGUACGGCAUCAAAGAUGGGGUUGGGUUGGGUUGGAUUUUUCCCCAGUGACCCUUUCGUAGUCUUAGUAUAUAAAGUGUGGCGGAUGAGCAGAAGCUAGGAAACUAUGUGGAAUAUUUCUACUAUUGUGCUGCUUUUUUCAGUUUAGAAAAAGAGUGUGUUCCUGCUUUACGUUAAAGAAAAGGUAGUAGGUAAGAGGCUUAAAUGGUCAAUGUUAUACAUUUUGGGUGUAAGCUAUGCUUUUUCUAGCAUUUUCAUUAUAAUAAUGAUUUUUGUCUGUAUGGACUGGUUUAAUUCAUGGUGGAUAGUGUUUCUCCCACUACUGGGACAGCCCCGCGGCUUACCUGCAUACUGCGUAUGCGUCUCUGUGUUUGUAGAGAGCAAUAAAAUGCAUUUGUGUGCAACUGCUGUCUGGGUCCUCUCCCUCCGAGGGGUACGCAGCCACGUGCGCCCCUCAAAAAGACCGGUGGGUGAGUCCUCCGAAGCAGCGGGAGGUUUGCGGAGCGAAAGGAGCUCGUAUUCUCAUGUGCUCCGUGUACUCUCACGACUCCCAUCGCGCGAG